GCUUUACGAUCUCCCAAAGCCCAAGGGCAAGGGGUCUGGCAAGGGUGCGCCUCCUCCCCCGCCGCCGAAAGGUGCUGGCAAGGCUGGUCGUGCUGGCGUUCCAGCUUUGCCGAUAGGUCGUCGGCUUUCAUUGAAGCCGAGCUCUGGAGAGGCCGAGGCCUUCUGCCGCGUGAGCACAGCCAGGGGUGAGGAAGGUGGGCGCCAAAGGGCCUUGGCGAGUGCCAGGCGGCGGCUAGCAGCGGAGGCUCCAAUGGAGCUUCAGCUGGAUUUAAUGGAACUUCAUGGCGCCUUCGCGGCCAGGCCGCCCAAGGCGGCCAAGCCGAAGAAGAACCAAGAAAAGCGGAAGGAGCUUCUGCCUCGAGGUGUUGCUCAAAACAUUGCAAUCGCACUAGCGAGGUUGGGGGCCAGCGGUGCAACGGACUUGGUUGAGGCGCUCAGGGCCCUCAGUGGUGACACCGAAGUGCCUCCGGCACUGUCUGUCUCGGUGUCGGAGGCCGCAGCCCGGCUGUUGGACGUGUGGCCGGAGGAGAAGGUGCUAGCACCACUGUUGGAAUUUGCUGCCACGGACAACGACCGGGAGUCUCUGAGAGACGUUGAGAAGCAGCUACUGCCGCUGGUGGCUAUUCCUCGGGUCCGCCAGCGGCUGCGUCUCCUAGUUCUUGCCGGCACAGUUGGCAAGCGCGUCGAAGAGGCCCUGGCACUGCUGGAGCAGGUCCGGCAAGCGGCCUUCCAAAUCCAGAAUUCGGCUUUCCUGCGAGAGCUCUUGGCCAUCAUCGUACUGCUUUUCAACUACGUGAAUUUCGGUUCCGCGCCUCCCAAGGAGGACGAUACGUCUAGUCGAGCGCCACUGAGAGGUGUCGACGUGCCAAGCCUCCUUCGCCUACGCGAAACAAAAGCGUUCAAAGGGGACUUCGCUGGCUUCAACAUGUUGCACUUCGUGCUGAAACAGCUGCUUCGCCAACAGGAGACCUGGGAAAAGGUGAAGCUCGACGAGGAGCUCUCCUCGUUGAAACGUGCGGCGCGGGUGCACCUGGAUCGCUUGCAUGGCGAUCUCGAGGAGCUUCAGGAGGACUUCCUCUUCGUGCAGGGUGAGCUCCGCGAGCAUCGCAAAGAGUACACUGGGCUGCCCGACACUGACGAUGAGGCCGAAUGCCAUCCUACCCAGCCGUCCAACUGGGGCUUUCUUGAGCGGUUGCUCGCAAGGGGUCUGGACUUGGCGUCGCUGGCAGAGGCCUGGCUCCGUGGCGAGGAGGUGGUUGGGCGCCCGUAUCAUCCAGAGGUCGGGGUGUUCCGGGCCUUCGAGCCAUGCUCCAACGAGGCAGGAGUGGCACCACCGCCCGGCUGGCUGUGGCUUUCCCAAGCUUCUGGCCGGUGGCAGAGAUGUUGGUCUGAGGUUCGAGGGCCAAUCCUCGUGCUGUACAAAGUCGACCAGCGCAACUGCAUCGGGGCCACCUAUGCAGCACUCCCGGGCGCGAUGGUGUCCAAGCUCCCGGAGCUUCGAGAGGAGGAAGAUUCCCACUGGGCGCUGAAGGAGGACGGACCUCGUGAGAGCGCCCCGAGCGAGGCGUCGACCACGACGACCGACAACGGCCAGGCACCAUCGCACACGGGCGAGAGCCCUCGUCGUGUCUCCGGUGGGCUCGGCUUCGAGCUGAUUACUGCUGGUGGCUCCGGCGGGCGCGGGCGUUUGCUCCGCCUCUCUGCGGCCACGAAGCGGGAGGCGCAGUCGUGGCGUCAUCUGCUUGAAACCGUUGCCGAACAACCAGGAGCCGGUUACGUCACAGUUUCGCAGGUUGCGAGUCAAGGGGGGCGAAGUCCGUCAAAGCAGACGCUCUUCUGUGCAGCGGCUCACGGAGAGCUGUCAGCCUUCAGCAGGCCGCGCGACGCCCUCGAGGCAUCUCCACCGGUCUUCUCGUGGAAGCUUUCGGACUUCGCGACGUGCCGUGUCGGCUUCGGGAGCUUCGAGCUCCGACGGCGCGAGGGAGACGGAGAUCCUGCUGAGCCGGAGACAUGGCACUUCACCUGCCAGGACGUGUCCGAUGCGCCUCGGUGGGUGGAGCUCCUGUCCCAGACGGCAGAAGUCCUCGAGGUAGGACCCCACAUGGCAGUGGCCGAAGAGGCCAAGGCCGUCGAAGGGCGCUCGGUACUGGAGUUGCCUGCAAGGAUACUCGAGGAGGCGCGCGCAGCGGAACCGGUGCGGAUGGACUCCACCAGCUUGGAGCAGGCCUUCGGGCCUGCAGGCCGCACGGAAGGACUGAGGAAAGCACUUGGCGAGGCCCGGGAAGCCCGCAGCGACACGACGUGUUCGGAUUCGGAAGCGGAGACAAGCUUCGAAACGGAGUCGAUCUGUUCAAGCAGUGCCAUGCUUGCUCGAAACAGAGAGACCGAGGAGCCCGAGAUCGCCGCGACCGUCUCCACGCUUCCAGAACUUGAGAUCGCCCUCAGACGCCAGCUUCGACGCUUCGAGCAGGCACUACAGGCAACGGAGGCGGAUUGCCAGGAGCUCCAAUGCUACUUCGGCAUUGACACCGCGGAGUGUUGCAGGAAAGAUUUGAGCACAAAUGCCUCCCGACUGCUGGAAUCGCUGAGCGACUUCGUGGUGCAGAUCAGAGGCGCCUGGGAAGACUUGGAGAAGCAUGCCCAGUCAAAGCACGGGCGGCCUUCGGAGACUCCCCGGAAGACCCCGCGAAAGACGUCCAGGGAAGCCUCGCAGUCGUCCCUGCAGCCAUCAGUACAGGAGCUGCAGCCCAUUCGGCCGGCUGUUGCAUCUGUGCCGCAGGAUGCUGACCAACUACGUGAGUGGCAGCGGCUCAAUCAAAUACGGGAGUGGCAUCGUCUCAUGUCCAUGUCCGGGCGUCGGUAA